AUGCACCACCAACGUCGGAAGUCGGGCCACGGCUCUGGCAACUCAUCUACGACGGAUGUGCGGAAAGCCAACUCGUCGCGGCCCGCGCCAAUGACGAGGAGGACUACACCUCAAACGGCCCAAAAGCUGGGGAAAUCCCCCAAGGACAGGGAGAGGGAGUGGGAAGAGGAGCGGUGGUGGGACGAGGAGAGGGAAAGCUUUCCACAGUAUUGCAUGAUCUGCGAGAAGCAAUUCCUUCCUUCGGGAGAGCUUUUCGUGUACUGUUCUGAUGCGUGCCGGAUUCAUGACCAGACGGCGGAUGGUGGUGCACCGCCAACUCCUAGCCACCAUUCAAGGAGUCAUGCUGCUGCGAGUUAUCCCUUCUACUCGGGCGUGCCCGAGCCCAGAGAUAUCAUACCCCGUGCCUCGCCAUCACGGCCUGGCUCCAUGGCGUAUUCCCCGCCAUCGAUUUCGCACACGUCGGCUAUCGCUGCGCUACAGUCGCUUUCGAUCCGGCCGCCAAGUCCUCCGUCCCCAAUCGGGACGUACCAGACGUCCAUGUGGCCCUCCACUCGGAGCGCUGCAACAAGCCCGAGUUCGUCGUACACGCGACCCGUGUCGGGAAUGUUCCCAUCGACGUAUGACGGCGUCUACUACGGGGCCGGUACUGCUAGUGCGUACGGCACCAGUUCUGAUCGGCCGCUGCCGUCGAGGAGACCAGGCAUCUACUCGAGACCCAAGAGCAUCGAGCUGGUGACGCCCAUGAUGGGACGGUGA